AUGAGUAGCUUGCAAGGAAAAGUUGGACCAGCUGUGCCGGGCUUGAAGGCCGCCGGGCGGCUCGGGCCCCGAGGGGCAGCUGGAGCCGGCGGCCGGCCCGCGCUCCCGCGCUCGCCCGCUCGCGCCCCGGCCAGCCCAGGUGGAGGCGGCCGCCGGAGCCACCUGCGCCGCGGGGCGGAGUCCCGCCUCGCCCGCCCCGCCGCCGCCUCUGCUCGCCAGCCAGCCGCCGCCAGCAUGGCCAGCAGCAGCAGCCCCAGCAGCAGCAGCUUGCUGGAGGCCGAUCUGGACGAAUGCACAGAGGCCCUGAAUUGCUUCCUGCGUAACCAGUUCAGUGAGAGCUUGGAGAUGCUGCAGCCCAGGACCAGAGAAAGCAUGUACCACGCCUUGAUCUACGCCACCAUCCUCGAGAUGCAGGCCAUGAUGACCUUUGAGCCAGAGGACCUCGCUCAGGCCGGCCACACCAUGAAAGAGGCCCAGGAGAUCUGCCAGAGGUUCCGCAAGAAAAGCAUUGUGUCUGGCAGCUUCUCCGGUCGGAUGGGUGGAGAUACCUGUACAGAGGAGGAGCUGCACGCGGAAGUGUGCUACGCGGAAUGCUUGUUGCACCGGGCGGCCCUCACCUUCCUCCAGGAUGAAAAUAUGGUGAAUUUUAUAAAAGGGGGGAUCAAGGUGCGCAGCAGCUACGUCAUCUACAGGGAACUCAACAGUUUCAUCCAAACCCAUCAGAUACCAGCAAGCUCUGUUCAUGCCCAUUUGGAGGGGGGCAUAGCGCUGGGCAUUGGUGCCUUCAACUUGACUCUCUCCCUCUUCCCACCCCGGAUCCUGAAGCUUCUAGAAUUUGCAGGAUUUUCUGGGGACAAGGAUUACGGUCUCCAUCAGCUCCGUCAGGGGGCCACCACACCCAACCUGCGAGGUCUGCUCUGCACCAUGUUGCUCCUCUGCUACUACACCUUCCUGACCUUCAUCUUAGGGGUUGGUGAAGAUGACUUCACAGAGGCUGAGUCCUUGCUGAGUCCGUACCUCUCCCGUUACCCCAAGAGCGCCAUUUUCCUGUUCUUUGCCGGGAGGAUAGAAGAGAUCAAAGGGAAUGUCAACGAGGCCAUCAAGAAGUUUGAGGAGGGCUGCUCAGCCCAGCAGGCCUGGAAGCAGUUCCACCACAUGUGCUACUGGGAACUGAUGUGGUGCUUUGCCUACAAGGGGAUGUGGAAGAUGGCCUACUUCUACGCAGACCUGCUGAGCAAGGAGAAUCGGUGGUCCAAGGCCAUGUACGUGUACAUGAAGGCUGCCUUCCUCAGUAUGCUGCCCCGGGGGGAGCCACGGCCUUUCGGGGAGGACGAGGUGACGCUCUUUAGGCAGGUUUCCUCCUUCAAGCAGAAGAUUGCAGGGAAGUCUCCCCCCACGGAGAAGUUUGCCAUCCGCAAAGCGAGGCGCUACAAAGCCAGCGAGCACGUCCCUUUGCCUGUGCCGGCUCUGGAGAUGAUGUAUAUGUGGAAUGGAUUCACAGUCUUGCGCAAGCAGCAGGAACUUCUUGAGGGCACGCUGGACACUCUGAAGCAGGCGGAGAAGCAGCUGCAAGAAACACCAGCCAGUGAGCACCAGGUGGAUGACCAAUGUUUGGUGCUGCUUCUCAAGGGGCUAGUCCUCAAGCACCUGUGUAGUCUGACAGAGGCCGAGGCCUGCUUCAGUGCUGUCCAUGCCAGUGAGAAGAGGAUCCGCUACGACCACUACCUGGUUCCCAAUGCACUGCUGGAGCUUAGCCUGUUGUACGUGAGUCAAGGCCGGAAGGAAGAGGCGGUGCAGCUUCUCCGCAGGGCCAAGAACAACUAUAAGAACUACUCAAUGGAGUCGCGAACGCUCUUUCGGAUCCACGCUGUGCUCUCCAAACUCAAGGCCCUCCAGGAAGAAAACGGGGGGUCUCAAUUAGAAGGGUACAAGGGUGGGGGCGGCCAGCCAAACGAUGACUCCCACAGCUGCACACUGGACCAAAACUACUGCAUGAAAGUGCCACGUGAAACUUUAGACAUCCUGUGCCUCUUCCCCCUCAACUGGCUGGAAUAA